UAGUUUCUCUCUAGCUUCUCUCUAAAGUCCAUAAAUCCAUCUUCUAGAUCUCUUUUCUUUUGAUUCUUCUCUCAAUAAACAUCUUGUUACCUCGAAGCUUAUAAUAUACUUCAUAACAUGCCCAACAUUGUGACUCUCAUCUGUUGACCUUUUUUAAUUUUAUGUUAUGGAAUAUGGGAUAAGCAUUUAAAACGCAGCGUUUUGCUGACAGUAGUGAGAGAAAAAAAUCUGAUUUUAACUUUUUUGAAGAAAAAUCUUUGAAUCCUCCGUCACGGCAAAACGAGGAAGCCAGUCAACCACAUAAAGCCUUAUCUGACUCCUGCCGCGAAGCAACCGGUUUAAACCACCAAUUUGUACUCUCCCUCUCUUCUCUCUUCUCUCUCUAAUUCUCAUCCGUACCAAAGAUAGCUAAAAAAUGGCUGUUCAUAUUCAGAACCCUAACUUUUUCUACACUCAUCAUCUCCGAUCACGUCUAACCUCAUCCUCUCCAUCACCUUCCUCAUAUCUCUUUCCCAGACACUCUGCUUCAAAAUAUCAUCACAGCUUCAUCUGCAAAUCCAAUGACAAAGAUGAUUAUCUCAUUGAUGCUCCUGUUUCUGUUGGAGAUGGUUUCUCUUUCAGUGGAGGGAAGUAUUCAGAUCAACCGAGUCCAUCAGAUGAGUGGCUCAAGCAAGGCAAAUGGGUUAAAGCUCAUAGAGUUGGUGGAUCAGGUGUAGAAGCAAAAGAUCCGAUUUUCGGAUUAACAAUGGGAGCUAGCUCUCAAGCUUCAAAAGACCUCUUCCGAUGGUUUUGUGUAGAAUCCGGAAGUGUAGAUAGUCCUCCUGUUAUACUCAUCCAUGGAUUCCCAUCUCAGGCUUACUCUUACCGGAAAACUCUUCCUGUGCUUUCGAAGAACUACCGCGCCAUUGCUUUCGAUUGGCUAGGAUUUGGAUUUUCUGACAAGCCUCAGGCUGGAUAUGGAUUCAACUAUACAAUGGACGAGUUUGUUUCGUCGCUUGAGUCAUUCAUUGAUGAAGUAACUACCAGUAAGGUGUCACUUGUGGUGCAGGGAUACUUCUCAACUGCUGUUGUAAAAUAUGCUAGAACCCGACCUGACAAGAUCAAGAAUCUCAUACUCUUGAAUCCUCCUCUCACACCCGAACAUGCUAAACUUCCAUCAACCUUGUCUGUAUUCAGCAACUUUUUGCUCGGGGAGAUAUUCUCUCAGGUUGGUUUCCGAACCUAUAUAGGUAAGCUGAACCUCCUAAUGUAGGAAGACCCAUAUGAAGUAUAUACUCAGAAUCAACAAUGCCGAUAUUUUUGGUUCGAUCACCCUAUUCAAAGAAACAAGACAAUACUGAGAGAAAAACAAAACCAACAAAUAAACGGGUGUAUUGGGUUGGCUCAGUCACAAUUUACCUGCGCGCAAUAUCCAAGCUGAAAAUCUAUACCCCAUCCGUGGUUUAAGUCAUUCUGUAAAAGGAUAUAAAAACAUCAAUAACACAAAGUCAAGCAUCUUGAUGUUGAUGGUC